AACGCGGCUGUCUUCCCAGAACCUUGAAUUAUAUGGCAACUUCUCGCGCCUUCGAAGAUGGAAAGAGACAGCGUUGCAAUGCUCUUCCCUUUGUAUCCGCCUUAUUGGCGUGCGGGGAUAGCUCACCCAAUCAAACAGUAUCAUGAAUUCACGAUCCGCUCUCAUGCCUCAUGUGAAUGUAUGUUACCGGCGAUUCGGACUAGAUCUAAUGCAUCAAUCAAACUGUCAAGUCCUGUUUAUGAACUCAUUGUCGAAGCUGAUUCUGAUCACAAGCUUGAUGCCUCAGUCUCUAGUAAACUCUCUAUGGCUCAUGUUUCCGUGAGAACAAAACAUCAGUCCUAGAGUCCUCAUGCAGCUCUGAGGCAGUGGCGCACUCGAUCCUACACUUCACCAGAGAUGAGUC